UCACGCGGAUAAAGUGUACUCGUAGGACAUAAAUACGGAAUUAAUGAUGUGUAUUGGAAAUUGUUGACAUGAUUGUGAAACUACUUUGUCCAAGCUAAAUGUUUAAGAAGCAGGCUAAUUUAAGCAACCAUAAUGGAACAAAACGGCUAUCCAAGAACCAAUUUUACCCAAGGUUCAAAGAUAUUCUGGCCGAACGGGACAGACCUUAUGCAGACGAGAGCACGGCUGAACGGACACGGAGGGAAAUAUGCGAAAUCUGUAGCUGCCAAACGACAGAAAAAAUCUGGAAACACUGUUCGGCCGAAGAGAGCACUUCUGUGUCUCUCUCUCGGCAAUCCAAUUCGAAGUGCUGCCAUAAAUCUCGUGGAAUGGAAGCCUUUCGAUGUAAUGAUUCUGAUCACAAUUUUCGCAAAUUGUGCCGCUCUCGCCGCGUAUGAGCCUCUUCCAGAGAAAGAUAGCAGUGAAAUCAACGACAACCUGGAAGUUGCAGAGUAUGUGUUUUUGGCAGUUUUCACAAUGGAAGCUGUGCUGAAGAUAAUAGCUUAUGGAUUUCUUUUCCACCCUGGAGCAUAUCUUCGUAAUGGAUGGAAUAUUUUAGAUUUUGUAAUUGUUGUAGUAGGAAUAGCAACUAUUUUAGUAAAAGCAUUUCUGAGUUCAGGAAGUUUUGAUGUGAAAGCUUUGAGGGCCUUCAGAGUCCUGCGACCCCUUCGACUGGUGUCUGGUGUUCCAAGUUUACAAGUUGUAUUAAAUUCUAUUAUCAAGGCACUGAUACCACUCUUCCACAUUGCCUUGCUGGUAGUUUUUGUUGUGAUAAUUUAUGCAAUUAUUGGUGUGGAAUUGUUUAUGGGUCGGCUUCACAAGACAUGCUAUAAUAAUGUGACAGGUGAAGAAUCCUUUGAGGAACCUCACCCCUGUAGUUCUGGAAGUUCAGGAUUUCAGUGCGAUAAGGAUGCAGGUCAGGUGUGUGAGGCAGGCUGGAAAGGACCCAAUCACGGAAUUACAAAUUUUGAUAAUAUUGGCUUGGCCUGUAUGACUGUGUUCCAGUGUAUUACGCUUGAGGGUUGGACUGAUGUAUUAUACUGGAUAAAUGAUGCAGUAGGGAACUCUUGGCCGUGGGUAUACUUUGUUACUCUGAUCAUUUGGGGAUCUUUCUUCGUUCUCAACUUAGUUCUUGGUGUACUAAGUGGAGAAUUUGCCAAGGAAAAGGCGAGAGCUCAGAAGAGUGGUGAAUUCCAAAAGUUUAGAGAAAAGCAACAAGUUGAAGAUGCUUACAAUGGCUACCUUGACUGGAUUACACAGGCUGAGGACAUUGAAGGCGACAGUGAAAGUGAAAGUGGUGAUGAGUCAAAAGCUUCCAAGAAGUCCUCAUCAAGACAAUCCAGAACCGAAGACAUCGAAAUGAUCGAUAGAAAUGAGAGACAAGACAGUAUCUCCCAACAUGAUGCGCACCACCAUGGUUGGUGUCACAACGAGAAGAAAGUUUUAAAAAAAUGGCAUCACCGCGCUAGACGGGAGCUGCGUAAAGCAGUAAAAACACAAGCUUUCUACUGGAUCGUCAUAGUUGUUGUAUUUUUAAAUUCAUUGACGCUAGCAUUGGAACAUUAUGAUCAACCUGACUUUUUAACCCAAUUUUUAGAUAUAGCAAAUAAAUUAUUUUUAGGAAUAUUUACCAUUGAAAUGAUAGUCAAGAUGUACUGUUUAGGAUUUCACGGCUACUUCGCAUCGCUUUUUAACAGAUUCGAUUGCCUGGUUGUAAUUAGUAGUUUGUUAGAGUUGGCAAUCACAGAAGCGUUGAAGCAGCCCCCUAUUGGAAUCAGUGUACUUCGAUGUAUUCGUUUACUUAGGAUUUUCAAAGUAACCAGAUACUGGAGCUCACUUAGCAACUUAGUGGCGUCACUGUUGAAUAGUAUGAGGUCUAUAGCUGGUCUUCUGUUGCUGCUUUCACUAUUUAUGCUCAUUUGCUCACUGCUUGGGAUGCAGAUCUUUGGUGGAAAAUUCAAUUUAGGCGAUGACGAAAUUCCUCGCAGUAACUUCGACUCCUUUUGGAGAGCUCUUAUUACAGUUUUCCAGAUUCUCACAGGCGAGGACUGGAACGCUGUAAUGUAUGACGGCAUCCGUGCGUGGGGUGGUAUUGGUGAAGGAGGUUCAGCGAUUGCCAUCUUGUACUUCAUAUUCCUCGUUGUCGUUGGCAACUACAUCCUUUUGAAUGUCUUCUUGGCCAUUGCCGUCGACAAUCUUGCCGACGCUGAAAACUUGACAGAAAUGGAAGAGGAGAAGAAAAAGAGGAAGGAGAAAGCGAGAGAAAAGGAAGCCUUAAAGAUGAAGGGUUCCUUGGAUUCACAAAGCAAGCUUGACGCGGAUGGUGCUGUCGUGCCCAAUCACAGUUCAGCGUCACGGUCAAAUGUAACACUUGACAAGUCAACACAAGAACUUCAUUCCACGGGAACUCUCAAUGGAAAUGGUGUUGCAAGAACAGCAUCAAACGACGACGUCGAAGCCCAAUCUACCGAUAUUUCCGUGAUUGGAGGAUCAAAAUCUGCCGUCAAUAACAACAACGGGAGUAGUAGUGCUACUUCAAGUGAGGAUAUCGACAGGGCACCAAUGCCCCCAGUGUCAUCUUUAUUCAUUUUCUCCCCAACCAACAUAUUCCGCGUCGUUUGCUACAAGAUCGCCACCAACACAUACUUUGUUAAUUUUAUUUUAUGCCUCAUUAUUGUGAGCAGUAUUCUGCUGGCGGCUGAGGAUCCACUCAACGCUAGCGCAAAGAGAAAUCAGGUUCUCAACUAUUUCGAUUAUUUCUUUACAUCCGUGUUCACUUUGGAGAUUCUUAUCAAGUUUGUGUCCUAUGGACUUAUCCUUCACAAGGGAUCUUUCUGCCGCAGUGCGUUCAAUCUAUUGGAUUUACUAGUCGUAUCUGUUUCUGUAAUCUCAAUAAGCCUUAAGGACUCCCAGUUUUCUGUUGUCAGAAUUCUCAGGGUUCUCCGAGUGUUAAGACCUUUGAGGGCGAUUAACAGAGCAAAAGGACUCAAGCACGUGGUACAGUGUGUCUUUGUAGCCGUGAAAACGAUAGGAAACAUCAUGCUUGUUACCAUGCUGUUCCAGUUUUUAUUUGCUGUCAUCGGUGUUCAGCUAUUUAAGGCCACUUGCAUUACAGCACUGGCGUCACUUUUAAAACUAUCAGUUUCAUGUAAAACGGCAUUGUUAGAUUAACAGUUAGGGUAAAUUUUUAACAACAACUAAUCAACUCUUGCUCGACAGAUGAAACACAGAGAAUGGAAGAAACACCACUUUAACUUUGACAAUGUUGGUGAAGCCAUGUUGACACUGUUCACUGUGAUGACCUUCGAAGGAUGGCCAGGGAUUUUGGAGAAUUCCAUCGACUCCACUGAAGUCGACAAGGGUCCCAACCAGAACAACCGGCCGUGGGUAGCCAUCUACUACAUUAUCUACAUCAUCAUCAUUGCCUUCUUUAUGGUCAACAUCUUCGUUGGUUUUGUGAUCGUCACUUUUCAGAGCGAAGGAGAAGAGGAGUUUAAAGGUUGUGAACUGGACAAGAAUCAGCGUCAGUGUAUAGAAUUUGCACUGAGAGCGAAACCGCUGAAACGUUACAUUCCUGAGAAUCGCCUUCAGUUCCAUAUAUGGCGCGUGGUUACGUCACAAGCCUUUGAAUACCUCAUCUUCGCGUUCAUUGUGUGCAACACAGUUGUUCUGAUGAUGCAGUAUUAUCAAGAACCUAAACUUUACACAAGAGUGUUGGACGGUUUCAACAUUGGUUUUACAGCAGUUUUUCUCUUGGAGUGUAUACUGAAGCUCAUCGCGUUUAAACCAAAGAAUUAUUUCAUGGACAGAUGGAAUCUUUUUGACUUCAUCAUUGUGGUUGGCAGUAUUAUUGAUAUCACAAUGAAUGAGGUGUCGAGUGAGCAAAUGUUUGCUUUUGGUUUCUUCCGUUUGUUUCGAGCCCUGCGUCUCGUCAAGCUGCUCAACCAAGGAUCUGGGAUCAAGACUCUCCUCUGGACCUUUAUCAAGUCAUUUCAGGCUCUUCCCUAUGUGGCUCUUCUUAUUGUCAUGAUGUUCUUCAUUUAUGCUGUGAUUGGGAUGCAGAUGUUUGGUCGUAUUGCUAUCGACUCCGACACGGCGAUCAACAGAAACAACAACUUCCAGACAUUCCCACAGUCUCUUAUGGUACUCUUCAGGUCCGCAACGGGUGAAAAUUGGCAACAGAUAAUGUUGGCGUGUACGCAUCGAGAUGACGUUAAGUGUGACGCGAAGGCCGACCCGCAGGACCCGUCGGGAUUAUGUGGCUCAGACUUUGCCUAUUUCUACUUUGUUUCUUUUUAUUCCAUCUGUUCGUUCUUGAUAAUCAACUUGUUCGUUGCCGUCAUCAUGGACAACUUUGACUACUUAACUCGUGAUUGGUCAAUUCUUGGUCCCCACCAUUUGGACGAGUACGUGAGGGUCUGGUCCGAGUAUGACCCGGAUGCGCAUGGUUGUGUAAAGCACGUGGAUAUAGUAACUGUUCUAAAGCGAAUCGCCCCUCCUCUGGGAUUUGGAAAGUUUUGUCCUCACAGAGAGGCUUGCAAGCGCCUGGUAACUAUGAACAUGCCGCUGACCAAAGACGGAAUGGUAGACUUCAAUGCGACACUGUUUGGACUUAUCCGAUCAUCCUUAAACAUAAAAAGACCUGAAGGGAAAGGAUCAAUAGACAAGGCCAACGAAGAAGUCCGUAAUAUAAUUCUUCGGAUCUGGCCUAAAACGUCUAUGGAACUUUUAGAUAAAGUAGUGCAGCCUCCCGGAGUGCGUGAUGACGUCACAGUGGGUAAAUUUUAUGCCACAUACUUGAUUCAAGAGUACUUCCGUCGGUUCAAAGCGAGGCAGAAGGCACAGAAUCAAGCCAACGAACCCCAUGGAAAUAGUACAAUGGCUCUACAGGCGGGACUACGAACGCUUCACGGCCUCGGACCACAGUUGCGUCGAGCUAUUUCCGGUCCGCUUGGAAGUGACGACGAUGAGUUGUUCUUAAAGGAAGACGAUUCCCAAAAGGCGCAGCAUAAGGGGUUCUGGGAGAGUCUGAAAAAUGCAGUUUCAGUAUCGCCGCGUCACAGUUUUCGUCGUCCCGCAUCUUUUCGCUUGUCAGCUUUUCUGGGCAAAAAUGGUAGUGGAUUAGAGACAAAGAAAAAGAGUUCAUCUAUGUCUAACCUGAGUGAAAAAAUGGCUACGACUAUGUUCAGUGAUCAAAAAUACCUCAUGCCGACUGCUGGCACAUCGGCGGAUGAUAACGCAAACGAAAAAGAGGCUGACCAACCUCGCUUUGAACUUCCUUUACGAGACCCGGAUGAUACGGGCUCUUUCACUGCCAUGAAAGGCCACGCAGGUUUGAAGGCAGCAUCAAGCCUGCCGUUAAGUCCGGUAGAGGAUGAGUCACGUGACCGAAUUCCUUAUGUAAGACAGCGGAGUAAGAGUGAGGUCAUACCACCGUGGCUAGCUACGGGAGAAGUUGCCUACCUGGGAAGUGACCUUCGGCGAAACAGGUCAGCAAGCAUCAAAGACCUUUUAGAGAGUGCGUUUGUCGACGAAGGUGUCUCUAUUACUCUGGACGAUCCACUUCUUCGAGUCGCCGAACAGGAAAUUGCUGAAGCUUUCGACGUGUCCGAAGAUGACCUGAACCAAGCCGCAAGCGGAUGCUUGCGCAGAGUAGCGAUCAUGAGUCCCAUACGGAAUGAAGAAAUUAGCGAGGAGAAAAUUAUGGACACUAUUAGGAAAUCUCCUCGCGUCUCGCAUCGUUGGUCGAGCGAGCCAGACGUUCCCAUAAUUAUUACCGAUCUUUGACGCGCCGCGGAAGCCGGCAAGUUUUCAAAAACGUGAAAUUUCAUCCGUUGCCAAGAGAUGCCAUAACAGCACGUGCUCUCUUUGCUGUCGUGCUAAUGGCUGGAAAUGUUACAAAUAUGCCAGUACUAUCGAGAGGGCUUCUAGGCGAAAGAUUUUAUCUGGAAACACCUUCUGAAUUGUCCGCCAUUUGGACUAAGUAUGGUUACGAUGACAUUUUAAAGGAUCGACAUCAGCAAAGUGUAAAAUAAUCUUAGAUACAAUUGACACAGGUAAUGGCUCUGUUUUUGAUAUGUUGAAAAUAGCGCUUGACUAUCUUUUUUUAAUUUUACUGUCCCUUUCAUCUGUGGUAAUGGAGGGACAAAGAUUGCCGAGUCAGUCUUAGAAAGAAGAAACAAAAUAGAAUUAGUUACUUGAAAGCAAGAGGCAGGAUCCUUGUAGAAUUAAUAUGAAUAUAUUUAUUGUAAUAUUUCGCUGUAUUGAAUAUGAUAAUUGUUUUUGUGCGCAGCUUUUAACUCGCUACUUGGAAUCGAAUGCUGGAGAAUGUUUAAAAUUUCUUUGUAGAAUAGAGAAAUUCUUUCUGCAAAUGUGCCAAGGAUUGAAAAUGAUGUAGAGCUCAAUUUUCCUUUUACGCCUGAGGGGGCAAUUUUCAAAAUAUGAUUAUAGAAGUUUAUAUGUGUACGCAAUGCAUCGAUAGUUAUCCUUCGAUUUUUUUUAUCAUAAAAUUGUGUAUCAUUUUAAAUUAUCUUGAACAUUUUUGUCCACUUUUGUUAAGUUCUGAUCAUUCAAAGAAAUUAAGUUGAAACGAUUUUUGAGGAAUAGAGACAUUUCGUAGUGAAUACAAAUUUUGAAAUUAUUUGUACUAGUAGAAGUCAAGACCACCACUUACAAGUGAGAGCUUUCAAAUUAUUUUUUAUAAACGUUUGCAUCAUGAAGAACACAUACCUUGAUUGUCUUUCAAUGUUCUUUUUGUUUUUUUUAUUUAUUCGUUUGUUUUGUGAUAGAAUUUUUAAGCUCUUAUGUUUGAAGUUCUAUCCUGUGUUUCCCGACAGAAGAUUUCCCGUAGAGACAAUAGGAUGCGAAAAUUGAAGCUCGGUUGACAGUUUUUUUUGUCAGUAUCUUCCAUAAUUUGCUUCCAAAUUCUCCUUACUGAUAUUGAAGACUUAAUUGAAAGUCCAUUGCCGGGGAGAAUUUCAAUUUUGCACUGAAAUUAUACAUUUUUGUGGUUUGUUUCGGAUUCUUCUAAAAUAUCAAUUUCCAAACGAAUGCUGGGAAAUAUUUUCUAAAGAUCCGAAAGUUUGGCUAUGUAACCCCAAGGCUGUGCAAAGUUUGAAACUAGCGAGACGAGGAAAGCUCUUAUGUCUUCCAGUCUUUUUCUUUUAAAAACCCGAUGUUUACAUUUCUGAUAAAAAGUGUAACACUUUGUGGGAAGAUAUUUUUGUAGCACUGUAUUUAAAACCAAGGCGAAUCAACGGAAAAUAUAGGAUAGUUGUUAGCUUAAUUUUUUUUUUUUUAUUGUACUGUAUUGUAGAAAGAUUUGUACUUGGUUGUAAAUAAAAUUUUAAUUUUAUAAAGAAAAGUUCACGCGCCUGUAAGGCUAUAUAUGAAAAGGCGGAAAAAAAUAUGAGAAGUAAUCUGCAAAUAAAGAAUAUUUUGUACGCAAA